UUGUGCCAGUUGGUCACACUUAUUCAGCGGCUGAUAAAACAUCACGGCAAGCAAAAAGUCAACACUAUUCCACUUGUAUCCGCGCCCAGCAGCAUUUCAUUAGAUAUCCAUUAAACAAGAUGGGCGACAGCUCGGACGAGGAGUACCUGGGCACGGACUGGCUGCCAUACAGCGCGCGCUCCGAGUGGGCGGACGUAGAGCCGCUGGCCCAGGAUGACGGUACCAAUCCGGUGGUGUCCAUUGCCUACAGCCAGAUGUUCCGUGAGGUGUUCGACUACAUGCGUGCAGUGAUUGCGCGUGGCGAGAAGUCUCAGCGCGCUCUGGACCUCACCACGGAUGCACUGCGCCUGAACCCGGCCAAUUACACGGUGUGGCAGUACAGACGUGACAUUCUGCGCGAACUGAAGGCCGAUCUGAACGCUGAGCUGGACUAUUUGAGCGAGGUAAUUGGCCAGAAUGCCAAGAACUAUCAGGUGUGGCACCACCGGCGCGUCAUUGUCGAGAUGCUGAAUGAUCCCAGCAACGAGCUGGAGCUCACGGAGAAUGCCCUGGUAAAUGAUGGCGAUGCCAAGAACUACCAUGCCUGGCAGCACCGCCAGUGGGCCAUACGCACCUUCAACCUCUAUGAUGAUGAACUGAACUUUGUGGACCGUUUAAUUAGCGAGGACCAACGCAACAAUUCAGCCUGGAACCAGCGCUUCUUUGUGAUCAAGCAUUUUGGUUUCUCGCCGGAUCUAAUCCAGCGGGAGCUUACCUACACGAUGAAUAGGAUUCGGAUUAUCAAGAACAACGAGAGUGCCUGGAACUAUCUGGUCGGUGUGAUGCGACAGGGUGGCAAAGGCCAAGGACUGAGCAGUUACCCAGAGGUGGUGGCCUUCGUGGAGGAGAUCUAUCAGGCCGGCAACCGGUCUCCGUAUUUGUUGGCCUUCCUUGUCGAUUUAUACCAAGAGCAGGCUUUGAAUCAAAAGGUUAGCCAAAGCGAUCAGUUGGCCCGCAAGGUCUACGGUCUGUGCGAGGAGCUGUCCACCAAGCACGAUGUUAUCCGUCGCAAGUACUGGCAGUAUGUGGCCACCCAUUUAAAGAACCAGCUGAGCAAGGCCGCCGAGCAGCAGCAGGAGCAGCAGCAUUAGUAGGUCCCAGUUCCAGCAAUUUUUUUGCUUAGUUUUAAGUCCACAUACGACGUACUUAGGUCUUCUUUAUACAUAAAUAAAAUGUAAUUUACCAUAAAAA